CGAGUACACUGACUACAGUCUACACACAGCCACGGGCCACGGCUGCAGUCGCCACUCAGUCAGUCACCAGUCAGUGCUCGUGACGUAUGGGCGCACGCGAAAAUCCCAUUCUUGCGGGCCCCGUAUAUAUGUAGACAUCUCUCGGGCCUUAUUGUGAGUGUGAAGCAGAAUCGGGACUAUCGGGAGUUGACACUCCGCGGCUCGAUGUGGUGGAAAAGCUUUUUAUAAAUAAGUACAUACAUAGACACCUACGAAUCCCUCAACGGAUGAUUGGUAAGACUCUGGCUCUGAUUCAUCCUUGGGAGUAUCGAGCGCACGUCAUUGAUGCGGCUCGAUUCUGCUUGUUUUGACGCGAGGGCCCUGACAGUACUACAGACCGAGAGGUUGUAGCCCAUAGACCAGCCGAUCAUGACGAGCAAGAAGGGACAGACCUGGCGGAUCGAGGCCGAGAUAGACAAGAACCGCGAGGAGGGCAACUGGAAAAAGGUCAUCGAGCUCGCGGAUCAGCUGAAGACACUCUGCCCUAGUAAUGAGUGUUUGGCGAAUUUCCUGGGCGGGGAGGCUAGGCUGGAGAGCUUUCUGGAGCAGACGCCGCCUAUAGACGUCAAUGUGGCGAAGGCAAAAAGCGGCUUGGCCGAAGCAAAAAGAUAUCUGUUAUUGGCUGGCAAUGAGAAGGACAAACAGGCACCAGUCGCAUUGGAUGCACAACUACUGCUUGGCAAGCUGCACUAUGCCAUGGGAAUGUACAGUGAAUCAUUGUUUCAUUAUCAGGAGGCUGAUUUGCAAUCCCUCACUGAAAAACAGUUGCCUAGUCGUAGCUUAAGAAUUGUUGCAGAGUCCUUUGCUAUAAAGGGCUUGUGUCUUGAGAAACUUCCUCCUACCUCUAAAUCCAAGUUCAAAAUAGCAGAGUGGCAUACACAGAUGAUUAAAUGCUUCGAAGUUGCUGCAGAUAUAACUUUGGUUUAUCUGCAGGAGCAGGAUAAAAUUGCAAUACAACAGCAAAAUGGAACAUUAACGAUUAAUAGCAAUAAUAUUGGUUCAUCAUCCCCUCAAACUUCAGUUCAUUCUACAAAACACAUGGGUCCUAUUUUAGAAACUGCAAUGCAAAGGGCUCCUCUCAUACAUUUACAAGCUGGAAAUAUUCAGGCAGCGAUAGAGUGUUACAGAGGAAUAUUAACUGCACUUGAAACCACAGCAACUCAAAGCUUGAGGUUAUCAUUGACUCGACAAUUGGGAGAAAUUCUGCUGAGGGGUAUGAAAGGCAUUAAUUAUGCUGCGCCAGAAUUACCAGCUACAGAUGCAGGAAAUCGAAAAGCUACUAAUGCAACAGAAUCACCUUGGAAACCAAAGAGAUAUACAGGAAUCAAUUUAUUUGUUCCAAAAAAUGAAUAUGAAGAGAUGAUUUUACUACUGUUAAUUAGUGAAGCUAUGGCUGUAAGAGAUGCAGUUCUCAGUCAGUCUCCAGAGUUUAAAGAAGCAAGAGUUCGUGCAUUUGAAAAUGCUACUGCUGUUUAUGAUCUCCUUACUGUUGUUGUUGUUAGAUGGAGUCAAGUUGAACUUUUACAUGAGUCAUUUGAAAGAGCCAUGAAGUUUUCACAUGGAGAAGUGCAUGUUUGGACACAGUAUGCUUUAUGUUUAAUAAGCUUAGGAAGGUAUGUUCAUGCAUAUUCCGUGUUACAAGUUGUUAUAAAACUUGCCCCGCAAAAAGUUAUGCCAUGUCUAUUAGCAGCAAGAUUAUGCUAUGAGCAUUUGAAUAGGGUAUCUGAAGGAAUUGAAUGGAGUCAAAAAGCAUUACAACGAGAAAUGGCUAAUCCACAAGGCUUACAGUCACGAUGUCAUCUUUACAUUGGGAUAGGAAAUAGUACAGUCUGUGCUAAUACUAUUGUAAAGCAAGACAAAGUGCAUCAUAGUUCACAGGCCUUUGAAUCAUUCAGCAAAGCUCAACAAUGUGAUCCAAAUGAUCACUUGGCUGAAUAUUAUUUAGCUCAUGAAUAUGCUAUGAAUAGACAAAUGGCAGAAGCAAUGACGCAUGUGAAAAUUGCAUUGAGCUUGAGGGCUGAACACAUUCCAUCAUUACAUUUAUUAGCACUUUUACUUACGGCACAAAAACAAUACACAGAAGCUCUACAUUUGAUUGAUAGUAUUCUGGAGGAGUAUCCCGAUAAUUUAAAUAUUUUAUACGUUAAAGCGAAUCUGGAACUUCACAGUGUUAGUGGGGAAGAAGCCCUAUUUACAAUUAAGCAUAUGUUGUUCUUGUGGAAAAAUUUAUAUGAAGAUCAAACAAAUGUUGAUAUCAAUGAACAACAAAGUGAAAAGCAUAGCGAAACAAGAAGCGUCUUCCAGAUGUAUACUUCAGAAAUGUCUGAGAAAGAUUCCAAUUCUAUCCAUGCCCAAUCUCUUGCUGCAUCAAGAAUUGAACAAGCAUUGUCAGAAGUUGCAUCUUCUCUUAGUUCCUUUGUUCCAAAACCUGGACCACAACGAGCAUGGUUAUUACAACUGCAAGUCUGGUUACUACUAGCUGAAGUCUUCCUAGUAUUAGACCAUCCUAAAGAAGCAACGCUUUCAAUACAAGAAGCAUCAAACAUAUUUCCACUAAGUCAUCAUAUAAUGUAUUCGCGAGGAUUAUUGCAUGAAUAUAAAUUAGAAUACGCAGAAGCAAAGCAAUGCUAUCAAAAUGCUAUCUCAAUCAAUCCCUCACAUGUAAAAAGUCUGCAACAUUUGGGUUUGGUUUAUCAUUACCUUGGAAGUCAACGGUUAGCUGAAAAAACGUUAAGAGAUGCUGCAAAAAUCGAUCCAAUGUCUUAUCAAACUUGGUAUAAUUUAGGAAAAGUUUUAGAGUCUUUAGGAGAAUUCGAAGCAGCCAGUGAUUGUAUGGAAACUGCUUUAGAGGUUGAAACGUGUAAUCCAAUUCUUCCCAUUUCAUCAAUACCAAUCACUUUUGAAUAAAAAUCUGUAAAUGUAUAAUUAAAUCAAUAAGAAAUAUUAACCAGAAUGUUACAACUAUUGAUGAUGAAGUUGUAUAGAUGAAUUGUUAAUAAUUCUUAUUUUAAUUUUACAUGUCGGUGUAAAAUAGCUGUGUCGUAAAUGUUUAUACUGUACAAAAAAUUUAUGGUUAGACGUAUAAAUCAAAGUUUAAUAAAAGUUAUUGUUAAUUAAUAAAAAAGAGUUUAAUAUUUCUAUUUGUAAAUAGUUAUCGAUUUGAAUGAAAGUGAAUUUUCUGAAAUAAGGCUGCAACAAACGUUGUGUCAAUUUAGUUAAACAUAAAAUUUACAGCUACUAACAACCCACAAUUGUGUGUAUUACAAUUAAAAGAACAUUUAAUUUUAGAAAUGAUUUAUUUAUUACUCAAUAAAGCAUAUGAUACAAUCAUCAUAGAAUUAAGAAACCAUCCAAUAGGCUUAUUUUUAUGUACAUACAUAUUUUUAUGAAUACUUUUUUAUCUUUUUUUAAUUUUUAUAUAUUCUAAAAUGUGCAUACUUACUUCUAACUAAAUCUUUUGUGAUGCAUUUAUUGGUAAAAUUAAA